AGCAGGUUGCCGUUCUUUUUAUCUUAUUUCCUGAUUAGAAGGUGAUCUGUGAUGUACUAUCAAUUGGAAACUAUUCUGUCCGUCAUUUGUAACGAUACAGUGUGGUGCACGAUGUGUUAGAAGUGAAGGGGUCGCAUUACAAGGUGUAGCAAGAGUGGCGUCUAGAGGUCUCCGGGCCCUCCCCUCGGCCACAUCGUGUGCCAUUGAUCGCGGCCGCAGUAGUGUCCCCUCGGCGUUGGCGAGCGGCGACGGUGACAGUGUAGUGAGGCAGUGAUGGCAGUGUGUUGUGCUCGGCAGUGAUGAUUAUGGUGGGAUGUCGCGCGACGUGUAUGGCGGAGGCGGUGGGGGAGGAGGGGUGCCGAGUACCAGGUCACCCCGACCUUCGCGCCGCGACCUGAAUAGCGACCCUUAUUACCUCGAUCAGGGCGGCCACCACCGCGCCCACAGCCCUCAACCCUCAGCCGCUUCAGCAGCCGCGCGCCGUAGCCGUUCAGCUACCCGCGCCGCGUCCCCCACCCUGGCCCUGGACCACGGCGGGCCAUACAUGGACCCCCACGGCACCAUGGAUGCGGACCGCCGCAGCGGUUCAGCUCCGGGGUCCCAUCACCGCAGCCGCAGCCAAAGUCGCAGUAACUUAGGCCGGAACUAUCACUCGCUGGACCGCGAGGCUCACGACCGCGAGUUCAUGCCAAUCCGAGACCCCCGCGACCGCAGCAUGGAACGAGGGGGCGCCAUGGACAUGCACGGGGUCCAGGGCGGCCACAUGGCCCGCCGAGACCGCUCGCUGGACCGAGGACCGAUGCUGGAGGACGACCUGUACCGCGACCACCACACGAUGGGCCGGUCGCGGGGCAGCCCCAACCCGGAGCUGAGUGGGCGGCACGGGGCGGGCGGCCUCGGGGGCAUGGGGAGGGAUGGAUACCUAGCUGAGCUUCAGGUGCACAAUUCUGACUUACAAAAAGAACUAGGUAACUUGAAAAAGGAACUAGAACUAACUAACCAAAAACUGGGCUCGUCAAUGCACUCCAUUAAAACUUUCUGGUCGCCAGAGCUCAAGAAAGAGCGAGCGCUGAGGAAGGAGGAGAGUGCGAAAUAUUCGCUCAUCAACGACCAACUCAAGCUACUCAACUCAGAGAAUCAGGUAAGAUGA